AUGCGGCGUCUUGCUUGCGCGGUGGCGCUGCUUCUCGCUUCCCUUCUUGGAUCCACAGGUACUGAUCUGGCGCCUGCUCCCGGGGUUGGUAGUUCGCCUGUCGAUCAAGGACAAGCUUCCAGUCCUCCUGGACCUUCCUCCGCCCUCGGUCCAGUGACUCUUCCAGCAGCACCCCCUACUUCAUCAGCAAGUCCUCCCCUCCAGAAGGGGGCAGUUCCGGCUGAGCCGCAGGCCGCACCGGCUCCGGUAGUCCCCCCUAAAGGUUACAACGCGCCUCCUCCGAUUGAGUCUGCGUCGCCUCCAGUAGUGUCCACGUCUCCUCCAGCUGAGUCUGCACCUCCUCCAGUUGAGUCUGCGUUGCCUCCAGUAGUGUCCACGUCUCCUCCAGCUGAGUCUGCGCCUCCUCCGGUUGUGUCUGUGCCUCCUCCGGUUGAGCCUGCUCCUCCUCCUGCUGUCACUGAGGAGGUGCCCCCGGCAGCAGCUCCUCCGCCGCAAGCUGCAGCUGGAAACCCCACACCAAUACUUCCUGGGUCACCUGCAUUGCUACCUUCAGUUCAGGCUCCUACUCCAUCUGUGGCUGUGAAGCCUAAUCUGCCACUACCACCGCCUGCUUCGCUACCUUCAGUUCAGGCUCCGACUCCAUCUGUGGCUGUGAAGCCUAAUGUGCCACUGGCACCUCCUCCUUCACUACCUUCAACUCAGGCUCCUACUCCAUCUGUGGCUGUGAAGCCUAAUGUGCCACUAGUGCCUCCUGCUUCACUACCUUCAGUUCAGGCUCCAACUCCAUCUGUGGCUGUGAAGCCUAAUGUGCCACUAGUGCCUCCUCCUUCACUAUCUUCAGUUCAAGCUCCUGCUCCAUCUGUGGCUGUGAAGCCUAAUGUGCCACUAGCGCCUCCGCCUUCUGUGAACAAUCAACCAGGUACACCAAUUGGAUCAGGUAAUGAUGUCCCUCCGUAUCCACCACCUGAAGGCAUUUUCCCGGCAGUUCCUCCUUCCGCUUCAGUUCCUCCGCAACAUGUGAAACCUCCAAUUUCACCACCUAUUAUCGCACAUGCACCUCAACAACAAGCACAAGCUCCAAAUGCUGAGCAUAACAAUAGAAACACGGCACCCCCAGCAAAUACUUCCCCUCCUGCAAGUGGUAAGAACCAUGACAUUCAACGUGCAUCUCCACCAAAGGAACCUAGUACUGCACCGGUUCACAAAUCACCAACUAGAGGGUUUGCGCCUGCAGCAAGUCCUCUGCCCCACAACACAAAUAUGCCUACACUCCCGAGGAAUGCAUCAACGGUUCCACAUGCUCAACCCCCAUCGUUAGGGGUAGCUCCUAAGCCAGCACCCACUGGCAGAUCUCAUCCUCCGACACCAACGAAAGGAGAACGCCCAUCAUUUUCCCCAUCUUACCCACCACCCCAUGCUCAAGGCCAUCCAAACCUCCAUGUGCAUCCUCCAUCUCCUCCACCAGUGUCACCAAAGGGCCCCUCUAAUGGCAGCAAAGGACCUCGUGUUUCUCCUACUCUUCCACCAAUUCCUCCUGAAACAGAUCCCAGAGCACCAUCAACUCAUCCUAUUUGGGCAUUGCCCCCACCACCACCUAAUUUAGAUUGCAAAUUGUUAGUGUGCCCAGAGCCUCUAACGGAUCCACCCGCGGGAGCUCCAUGUGCUUGUGUUCUACCAAUUAAAGUUGGAAUCCGUUUAAGUGUGGACCUUUAUUCAUUCUUUCCGUUAGUUUCGGAUUUUGCUGACGAAGUGGGAUCUGGGGUAAACAUGGCACGGCGGCAGGUUCGUGUUAUGGGUGCAAAUGUGGCUGGCGAUCAACCUGACAAGACAGUAGUUCUUGUGCAUCUGGUACCAAUGCAUGUGAAUUUUGAUAAAGCUACUGCCUUGUCGACAUUUCAAAGCUUGUGGAGCAAAAAGAUUUCUCUCAAACCGUCAGUUUUCGGGGACUAUGAGAUUCUCUAUGUUGUCUAUCCAGGGCUUCCUCCUUCUCCGCCUUCAGCACCAGCUGGUGCAUUCGGCAACAGCAGAAAUGCAAGGGCAAUGAAGCCCCUGGGGGUUGAUGUAGGAAGACCCAAAAGAAAAGUGAAUGGGAGCGUAAUUGCUAUUGCUGUUCUAUCCACUGUUAUAGCAUUGAUUAUUUGCACUGUGGCUGCAUGGUUGCUGAUACUCAGAUUCAGGGAUUCAGAUGACAUGGCUCAAGGAUAUCCACAUAGUGCAAUUCCAAAAAUUUCCAGGUCUUCCGGGACAUGUAACACACUUUUAGCUGGUCGCCGUAGUACUCAAUCAGGUCCAUCAAGUUCACUGGGGUCAAGUAUGGCAGCAUACGCAGGGCAGGCAAAGACAUUCAAAUUUGCUGAGAUAGAAAAGGCUACAAAUGGCUUUGACGAUUCGUCGAUACUUGGGGAAGGUGGCUUCGGAUGUGUGUACCAAGGGACACUUGAAGAUGGAACCACAGUUGCAGUAAAGGUUCUGAAAAGAUUUGAUGGCCAAGGUGAACGAGAGUUCUUGGCAGAGGUUGAGAUGCUGGGACGCUUGCAUCACCGAAAUUUGGUCAAGUUGUUAGGCAUAUGCGUGGAGGAGAAUGCACGGUGUCUGGUAUAUGAACUUAUUCCAAAUGGCAGCGUUGAGUCCCAUUUGCAUGGAGCCGACCGCGAGAUAGCUCCACUUGAUUGGAAUGCACGUAUGAAGAUAGCCCUGGGGGCAGGGCGGGCACUAGCAUAUCUACAUGAAGACUCAAGCCCUUGUGUGAUUCAUCGUGAUUUCAAGUCAAGCAACAUACUGCUAGAGCAUGAUUUCACACCAAAAGUUUCAGACUUUGGACUGGCCAGGACUGCGAGGGGGGAGGGGAACCAGCACAUCUCCACCCGCGUCAUGGGAACAUUCGGUUAUGUUGCACCGGAGUACGCCAUGACGGGCCAUCUUCUUGUCAAGAGUGAUGUAUACAGCUAUGGAGUCGUAUUACUUGAACUUCUCACAGGUAGGAAGCCUGUGGACAUGUCUCAGCCUGCAGGCCAAGAAAGCCUAGUCGCAUGGGCUCGCCCAUAUCUGACAAAUGUGGUGGGCUUGCGUCAAGCUGUUGAUCCACUUCUUGGCCCUAAUGUGCCACUGGACAACGUGGCAAAAGCAGCUGCCAUCGCAUCCAUGUGUGUACAGCCUGAGGUUGCACACCGACCGAGCAUGAGCGAAGUUGUGCAGGCCUUGAAGCUUGUCUGCAGCGAGGGUGAUGAGGGUCUUGGUUCGGGAAGUUUCAGCCAGGAAUUGGCGGCUCGUACGACAGCGGCUUACGAUGUAACUGGCAUGGAAGCGGAGAGGGUGCUAUUAUCUGAGAUGUUUGGUUCAACGCCUGUCUUCACUCCAGCUGACGAUUCAGGUUCUUUCCGCAUGCAGUCCAGCUCUGGCCCCCUGAUGACAGGCAAGAACAAGAAGUUCUGGCAGAGGAUGCGAAACUUGUCGAGAGGGAUUAGUCUGCACAAUAUUAUGCUUUUCAACUUGCCAAGAGUCACAACACCAAUUGCUGUACGGUGGUUCAUCUCAGUUGCAAAUGCAGCAGGCUUUGGUCGAGAUAUUUCUCCUGUUCAGUUCGCCACCCUGUUAAAGGAAUGCAGGUCGGUGAAUGCAGUCCAUCAAGUUCACCAGAAGCUCAUUUCUUCGGGUCUUCUUUCUUAUCCAGCAUCGUUGUUGGAAGUGUCGUUUCCACCUUUGCCAUCUCAGCCGUAUUUAUCACCAAGAUCUUUGGGUACUGGUGUCGUAGCUGCUUAUCUUGCGUGUGGUUCCAAAGAUGAGGCUCUCACAGCAUUGGAGCAUGUUGUGCCGUCUCCAGCUGUCUGGUGGAAUCUACUCAUCCGAGAACACAUCAAAGAGGGCCACCUUGACCAUGCCAUUGCAGUAUCUUGCCGGAUGCUGCGUGCUGGAACCAGACCGGACCAUUUUACUCUGCCGCAUAUACUAAAGGCCUGUGGAGAGCUACCCUCGUACCGUUGUGGUAUCACAUUACAUGGACUUAUAUGCUGCAAUGGCUUUGAGUCAAACGUCUUUGUAUGCAAUGCAUUGGUGGCAAUGUAUGCCCGCUGUGGUUCACUGAAGGAAGCCAGCCAGGUGUUCGAGGAAAUAGCUCAGAGGGGAAUUGAUGAUGUCAUAUCAUGGAAUUCAAUUGUUGCAGCCCAUGUUAAACACAAUAGUCCAUGGACCGCGUUGGAUAUGUUCUCGAAAAUGGCAAUGAUUGUCCACGAGAAGGCUACAAAUGAUAGGUCUGACAUCAUUAGCAUUGUGAACAUUCUUCCUGCAUGUGCUUCUCUAAAGGCACUACCUCGAACUAGAGAAAUUCAUGGAAAUACCAUUCGGAAUGGUACAUUUCCAGAUGUUUUUGUAGGCAAUGCUCUGGUUGAUACUUAUGCAAAAUGUGGUUCAAUGAAGAAUGCGGUAAAGGUUUUCAAUAUGAUGGAAAUCAAAGAUGUUGUUUCUUGGAAUGCAAUCGUGACUGGCUACUCCCAAAGUGGGAACUUUGAGGCAGCCUUUGAGAUUUUUAAGAAUAUGCGCAAGGAAAACAUCUCAGCAGAUGUAGUGACCUGGACUGCUGUAAUUGCCGGGUAUGCUCAGAGAGGAUGUGGCCAAGAGGCACUCAAUGUUUUCCGACAAAUGCUCUUUUCUGGUUCAGAGCCAAAUUCUAUCACAAUCAUCUCUGUGCUGUCUGCUUGUGCUUCCUUGGGAGCAUAUUCUCAGGGUAUGGAAACUCAUGCCUACUCUCUGAAGAAUCGUCUUCUAUCUUUGGAUAACCAUUUUGGUGGUACUGGCGAUGAGGAGGAUCUCAUGGUGCACAAUGCUUUAAUAGAUAUGUACUCAAAGUGCAGAAUCUUCAAAGCUGCACGUUCUAUAUUUGACUCUAUACCCCGAAAGGAACGUAAUGUGGUGACUUGGACUGUGAUGAUAGGUGGGUAUGCACAAUAUGGGGACUCUAAUGAUGCCCUCGGGCUUUUCUCACAGAUGCUCUCGAAACCACACGCAGUUGCCCCGAAUGCAUUUACGGUUUCCUGCAUUCUGAUGGCCUGUGCACAUCUGUCAGCCCUGCGUGUGGGUAAGCAAAUCCAUGCUUAUGUGGUUCGUCAACAUCAAUAUGAAGCAUCUACAUACUUUGUGGCAAACUGUCUUAUUGACAUGUACUCAAAGUGUGGUGAUGUCGAUACAGCUAGGUAUGUAUUUGAUGGCAUGUCACAAAGGAAUGAUAUUUCAUGGACAUCAAUGAUGGCAGGAUAUGGGAUGCAUGGUCGUGGCAAUGAGGCCCUGGAAAUAUUUGACAAGAUGCAAAUGGCAGGCUUUGUUCCUGAUGAUAUAUCAUUCCUGGUUGUUCUAUAUGCUUGCAGCCAUUCUAGAAUGAUUGAUCGAGGCCUGGAUUACUUUGACAGCAUGAGCAGAGAUUACGGUGUGGCUGCCUGUGCAGAGCAUUAUGCUUGUGUCAUUGACUUGCUGGCCCGCUCCGGGCAGAUAGAUAGGGCAUGGAAUAUGGUCAAAGACAUGCCAAUGGAGCCUACUGCAGUAGUCUGGGUUGCAUUGCUUAGUGCGUGUAGAGUACAUUCAAAUGUAGAACUUGCUGAAUAUGCUCUUAACAAGCUAGUUGAGAUGAAUGCAGAGAAUGAUGGAUCUUACACGCUCAUCUCCAACAUAUAUGCUAAUGCAAGGCGUUGGAAGGAUGUAGCCAGAAUCAGAAACCUGAUGAAGAACUCCGGGAUUAAGAAGAGGCCCGGUUGUAGUUGGGUCCAGGGUAAGAAAGGAACUGCGUCUUUCUUUGUUGGAGAUCGAUCGCAUUCUCUAUCCCCUCAGAUUUAUGCCCUUCUGGAGAGACUGAUUGAUCGCAUCAAAUCUAUGGGUUAUGUUCCUGAGACAAAUUUUGCACUCCACGAUGUCGAUGAUGAGGAGAAAAAUAACCUGCUUGCUGAGCACAGCGAGAAGCUUGCUCUCGCAUAUGGCCUCCUCACAACUUCCCCUGGUUGUCCAAUAAGGAUCACAAAGAACCUGCGCGUUUGCGGUGAUUGCCACAGUGCUUUCACCUACAUCUCAAAGAUUGUUGACCAUGAGAUCAUUGUGCGGGACUCCAGUCGCUUUCAUCAUUUUAAGAAUGGUGUGUGCUCUUGUGGUGACUAUUGGUGA